UGGUACUGAAAUACCGAGCUGGAACUCUGCUUCAUCAGGAAACCUUAGCCUUUUCAUGAUGGUGCCAGGACAGAGGUGCUUCAGCUCUUUGUUUACUGACUCAAGGAAAAUUGCCCAGAGCCUUAGACAAAUGCAGAAUCCUAGAAGGAGAAGUUCUACUCACGAGGAGUACCAAGAGUUUGCAUCCAGUGCUAUUGGAAACUUGAAAAUUGCUGAAGUUGAUCCAGACGGUCGUUUUGUAAAGAUCCGGAACCAUGCCCGUGAGAAAGAUGAGAACAUUGGGGGUUAUCUCUUGAAGCAGGAUGUCAAAGGUCAACCUGUAGCUGUAUUUAGGUUUCCCUCUGAGACCAGGAUGGAGCCCAGUUCUACCGUGACAGUUUGGGCAGCAGACACUACAGUGCUUCACAAAUUUCCCUCGGAUCUUCUUUGGAAGGACCUGAGGAGAUUUAGGACAAGCCUUGACUGUGCUACCAUUCUCUGUGAGCCUAGUGGCCAAGCUGUUGCUUGGUAUACUCCUCUCUACUGGACCACCAGGCAAGGAUUGAUGGCGACAGAGGAAAGCGAAGAACCUGAGAACAUUGUUAUACCAACUUUCUCUACAACAAAAGAGGGAUGGGAAAAUGAACAGGAAUCUAUAAUAACUGAUACAGAGUGGAACAGGGCUGACUCAUGGCAAGCAAGUAAAAAAAGACAAAGCUUCAUCAAAAGGGAAAAAAAGACCUUUGCAUCCCUUUUCCCUAAUCAGAGUCCCUGGUGCCAAAGUCCAAACGCUCCUACACACCCUCACUUUUCCCUGGCUAGACCAUUAACCAUGGGGAAUGAUGGCAGCAGCUUGUGCAGGCAGUCCCGCUGUCAGUCAUCAAGGCCUGACCCUGUGCCAGGCACUCUGUAUGCAGGAACUAGCCAGAAGAAAAAUCCUUCAGUCCCCAGCUGCGUGAGUGGGAAAGGCAGAAGUCAGCCUCCUUGGUUAGCAGUGGAGGAGGAGAAGUCACAUAUACCUAGUGAACAGUAUGAUUCCCCAGGAUGUGCUUCUCAAGACAGGACAAGAGGCAUCAAUCUGGUUCAGGUGUUUCCUAAGAAGAAAAAAUCUCAAAAUAAACCAUACCAAGUGCUGAGACUAAAUGGCUCCAGCAGUGGUGAUGCUAAUGACUGGGAUUUAACUGUAAAGAUUCUCUCACCUGUGUGUCAGCAAUGUGAUUGUUAUGACCCAGUUGUUGUCAAAAGCAGAUUGCAGCCUAUGUGGGGGCAUGUUCGUCCUAAGCACUUUGUGGUGCAGGACCAUCAGGUGCAAGUACCAAACAACAGAAGCACAGACAUGACCCUGCUCUGGAGUAACCGCAGCGUCACAAGAGUGCACAGGGAGCCAGAUUGUUCAUAUGAGUUUCAAACUGUGAUUGAACCUUUAAUAAAAAGUGGCGAGCAGCAAUGA